GGAGUGCUUUUUUGAAGAUUGUGGGGAAAGAAUGAGCACUUUUUCUCCCAUUAAAUUAAAGGUGAAAAUUUGGCUUUUGAGAAAUUGCAUUACUAGUCCAAUUACUAGACUUGCGGAGGAGAAAGAGGAGAAUAAACAAGGUUUAAUUUUAAAAAUAUAUAAGGAAACAAAAGAUUGUUUCCGGAAGUUAUUUAUUAUGACAAAUUUGGAGAAAAAAACAGAAGCUUUAAUUAACGUACUGAAUGUUAAAAAAAAAGAGAAUUCUUCGAAUAAAUCAAUUGUGGAUAUUUUAAAUGUAUCAUCAUCAGAAUUCCCACAUUCGGAACUUUAUCUUACUGAAAAACCUAGAAGUUUUGUCUCAGAAUUGCAUGAUUAUCAAAAAUAAGCACUCACAUGGAUGCUUAUUAGAGAAGGGAAGCUUUUUUAUGACAAAUAGGAAAAAAAUAGUCGAAUUCUGCAUCCUUUAUGGGAAGAAUAUGCAGUCUAAGGCGAUUUUUCAUUGUUUUUUAACCCAUUUUCAGGUUAAAUUUCGGUAAAAAUACCUAAGAAUGGCGGCAGGAAAUGUCGAGGGGGCAUUUUGGCAGAUGAAAUGGGCUUAGGGAAAACUAUUAUGGUCUUAUCUCUGAUACAUUAUGGUAAAUUUUGGAGAGAAAAUAUGUUGAAAAAUGAAGAUUAAAGUUUAAGUGAAGAUGAAGAUGUUGAAUUUUAGGAUAAAAAGAAAAAAAAAGAAAAGAAGGGAAACACAUUAAUUGUUAUGCCAGUGACUUUAAUUUCUUAAUGGGAGGAAGAAAUAAAUACUCAUUCUAUGAAAAACUCAAUUUCAUGUUUUAUUUAUUAUGGAAAUCAAAGAAAAAAAGGACUCGAAGAUUAUGAUAUAGUACUUACUACAUAUGGGACAUUAUCAUCAGAAUUUUAAAUUGAAAAUUCGGAACUUUUUAAGUAUAAAUGGGAUCGAAUAGUACUAGACGAGGCACAUUAUAUUAAAGGGAGAAUUGUUCAAGUAGCUAAAGCUGCUUUUGGAUUGAAAGGAGUACAUAAAUGGGCAGUUUCAGGAACUCCAUUAUAGAAUAAGGUUGAAGAAGUGUUUUCUUUGGUAUGUUUUUUGGAAUAUGAACCUUGGUGUGACUUUUCUUGGUGGAAUAAUUACGUGAAUGAAAACGCGGAGAUGGUUUAGAAGGUUCUAUAGCCGAUUUUGUUGAGGAGGACGAAAAAUAGUGUCGACUAAGAAGGAAAUAGAAUCAUUUAGUUAACUUAGAAAAAAUAGUAAAUUUAAUUAGUGGAUUUUUCAAAGGAAGAAAUGGAAAUUUAUAAUUGUGUAAGGGAAAAGUCAUAGGAAAUUUUCAAUGGUUUAAUUGAAAAAGGUAUCGCUUUGACUAAUUAUAUGAAAGUAUUCGAAAUUUUAUUAAGAUUAAGACAACUUUGUGACCAUGUUUUUAUGAUUUAGGCUCGUAGUGAUGUUUUUUCAAGAGAAAAAAUGGAGGAGAAAAUUUGGGGAUUUUAUUAGGCUUUUUAAAGGAAAAGUUAGGAAAAUAUUAAUGCUUUUGAAAUUGUCUUUGAUGAAAAUUUCAAUGAAAAUAGAAUUGAAGUUAAAAAUAAUAAAAAUAAUAAUAAUAGUAAUAAUAAUAAUAAUAAGAAUUAUGUUAAUAAUAUUAUUGAUGAUUUAUAAAAAGAAAAUAUUUAAUAUUGCUGUGUAUGUCUAGAUUCAAUGGAAGAUGCAGUUAUAACUGGAUGUUUGCAUGUUUUUUGUAGAUUAUGUGCUAUUAGGUCUAUUGAAAAUGUAGGAAUGUGUCCUACUUGUAGAAGUUAUAUUACUAAAGAUGAUAUUAUGACUGUUCCAAGAGAUAAUAAGUUUGGAUUUGAUGUGGAGAAAAAUUUCAAAAGAAGUUCUAAAAUGAAUGCUGUUUUUGAAUAUUUGAAUAAUGUUUUAAAUAGUAAGAAUGAUAAGUGUGUAAUUUUUAGUUAGUUUUUGGCCAUGUUUGACUUAUUUGAAAUAGAUUUUAAAUAAAAUAAUAUGAAAUAUUUAAGAUUAGAUGGAUCACUUAAUUAAAAAUAAAGAAGUGAUGUUAUUAAAAAAUUCAAUGAAGAUGAUAGUUAUAGAAUUUUCUUAAUUUCAUUAAAAGCAGGAGGUGUAGGUCUAAAUUUAGUUCGAGCUAAUCAUGUAUUUUUAAUUGAUCCUUGGUGGAAUCCGGCAGUAGAAGAAUAAGCUGUUGAUAGAAUACAUAGAAUUGGUUAAAAAAAGGAUGUAAAUGUAAUUAGAUUUAUAAUGAGAAAUAGUAUAGAAGAAAGAAUGAUAAAAUUACAUGAAGAAAAGAAGCAUUUAUUUGAAAUAACAAUUGCUUCUUGCUAAAAAGAUAAAAAGAAAGAAAUUAAUUUAGAAUGUUUUAAGUAUUUAAUUAAUUAAUGAUAAUAUAUAUAUAUGUAUAUUUUCAUCUUAUUUAUAAUUAAGGAAUAUCAAAAUUACACUCGUUUAC